AUGGCGCCAGUCAUCGACACCUCAGUCGUUCCUGGCACCGUGACUCUAGUGGACGUGGAUCAUGUCCUGCAUACUCGGCACUUGGACCACGGAGACCGUGACAUCGUAUUGAUCCCUACCCCAUCAAAUGACCCAGAUGACCCCCUCAACUGGUCUCGAAGACGGAAACUUCUGUCAACUGCUUGUGUGAGCGUCUAUACGAUGUUCUCAGGCAUUGCCUGCUCCAUCGUUUACUCAGUGAUCAAACCGCUUCACGAACAGACGGGAUUGCCCAUCAGUACCUUGAACGAAGGAAGCGGCUACAUGUUCUUGUUAGCAGGUUGGGGCUUACUGUUUUGGCAGCCUUUCGCUAUGCAGUAUGGCAAGCGGCCGACGUACAUGCUGUCCUUGAUAGGAAUUUUGGGUAUGACGAUGUGGGGACCAUACACAAGCAGUAAAGGUCAAUGGCUUGCCCGAAACAUCGUCUUAGGUUUCUUCACAGCACCCGUGGAAGCGCUUCCUCAGAUCUCCGUCACGGACGUGUACUUCACCCACGAGCGAGGUACCUACAUGGGACUUUAUGCAUUCUUCUUGGCAGGAAGUAACUACUUUGCACCCGUCAUCUGUGGCUUCAUCGCCCAGUACCAGGGUUGGCGGUGGGUAUUCUACUGGCCGAGCAUCUUCCUCGGCUGUGCAAUUAUCUUCCUCUUCUUUUUCUGCGAGGAAACAAACUACAUUCGAGCGCAGCCCGACGAGCCUAGCGUUAUCUUAACCACAGAAUUCCCAAGACUCAGCUCGGACGGCGAAACAGAGAAACCCACCGCUGUUGACAUGGAAGCUGCUACUGGGGUUAGCAUCAGGUCGGGCCACACCAAGAAGUCGUAUGUGACGAAACUGGCGCUCUGGGGACCGAGCCAGGAGCAGAACACCUUGCUCCGGCGACUCUGGCACUGUAUUUACUUCCUCUCGUGGCCCGUUGUCUUCUAUGCUGGCUUCUCUUACGGAUCCUACCUGGUGUACUUCAACAUCCUGAAUGGAACUGCCUCUAUUAUUCUUAGCGGCGAGCCCUACCACUUUGGAUCUUCCAUGGUCGGUCUGAGUUACCUAGGGCCCAUCAUCGGUGUGAUACUGGCAUCCUUCUUCACUGGCCGAUUCAGCGACUGGCUCACUAUCAAACUCGCCCGCCGAAACCAUGGCGUUAUGGAGGCAGAGCACCGUCUCUGGCCCUUCCUCGCUUGUGUGUUGCUUGUGCCUGGUUCCCUUAUUCUUUGGGGCGCCUGUGGCGUCACGCUUAGUGUCAAUUACUUUAUCGACAGCUACCGAGAGCUGAGUGGUAUUGCGAUGGCCAGUGUGAUUAUGGUUCGGAAUACCAUGUCUUUUGCAAUUGGAUAUGGUAUUACGCCUUGGAUCAAUAACAUGGGGUACCAGAACUGUUUCAUCUCUGCUGCCUUUAUUGGCAUGGCAUGCGCUUCAGUCUUCUUCGUUAUGAUUCUGUUUGGAAAGACAUUCCGCGAACGUUCUCGCGAGCAGUACUGGAAGCUUGUUCAGGAGAACUGGGAGAAGGGCAUGUGCAAUUAG